GAGAGUUCGUGGAGGUCUGGGUGAGGGUGGCCUUAAAAGCCCCACUGGAAGUGGCUUAAUUCACUGAGUAAUGGAGUUUGCCAGAGAAGAAGGGACCCUCACCUGUUCUAGAUUCAGAGGCCCUCAGCCUGUGCCCACCACCUGGCCCUGUUGCUGGCAGCUGAGAGCCCUGGAGGGUAGUGAGUGGAGAGAGGCAGCAUCUCCCUCUCUUUCCCUAUCUUACACUCUCUGUGACCUUGGGCAAGUAACCUUGCCUCUCUGUGCCUCAGUGUCUCCCAUCUGUAAAAUGGGGAUGUGUACCUACUACGCAGGUUGCUGUGAGGAUUACAUGAGUGAACGUACAUUUUUGGAAUGGUGCUUGGCACAUGGGAGUACCUGACAGGCUUCCACAAGCGGAAGGUGGAGCGGAAGAAGGCAGCCAUUGAGGAGAUCAAGAAGCGGCUCAAGGAGGAGCAGAAGAAGCUCCGGGACGAGCGCCACCGGGAAUACUUGAAGAUGCUGGCAGAGAGAGAGGAGGCGCUGGAGGAGGCAGACGAACUGGACCGGCUGGUGACAGCAAAGACAGAGCCGGUGCAGUACGACCACCUCAACCACACGGUCACCGUGACCACCAUCAGCAACCUGGACUUCUCAGCGGCCCGGCUGCUCGGACUGCCCCCGCCUGAGCAAGGGGCCGGGCACAGGUCUGAGGAGGGGGCGUCAUCCGCGGAGAAGCCGACCAGAGCCUUACGCAGGAAGUCCAGAGACCCUCUGCUGUCCCAGCGGAUCUCCUCUCUCACGGCCUCACUGCACGCGCACAGGCGCAAGAAGGUCAGGAGGAAACAUCCCAGCCGGGCCCAGGACUCCACCAAGAAGCCCCCAAGCGCCACUCGUACCAGUAAGACCCAGCGCCGCCGGCUAACAGGCCAAGCCCGGCACAGCGGGGAGUGAGCCCUGAGACCCAGGCCGUGCCCCAGCCUCAGCUGCAAGGACCUGUCCUGUCCCAGCCCAAACUUGGGAGGCCAGCACCUCUCCGGCCUGGGGCUUAGACUCCAGCCGACGCAGGCGGCUGAGAGCUGGCAUCCGCCAGGGGGAGCCUCCAGGGCCACGUUUGGGGCAUCUUCCUAAAUGUAUACCCCACCGAACCUUGAUUACAUUUGUGAAAGUAA